AUGAAAAGAAGAAGAAGGGAGAAUGAAAAGUUGCGUCCCGAUGAAUCACCGGAGGAAAUGAUAUCGCCGGUAAUAGUAUUUGCUCACGGUGCCGGCGCUCCCUCAUCUUCGGAGUGGAUGAUUCGAUGGAAGGAUAUGAUGAAGAAGCAAUUAGGAGCCGUUGAAGUUGUCACAUUUGAUUACCCUUAUAUUGGCGGUGGAGGAGGGAAAAGAAGAGUUGCUCCAAAGGCUGAAAAACUGAUUGAAUUCCAUUUGGAAAUUGUCAAAGAAACUGCUGCUCGGUUCCCUAAUCAUCCUUUGAUCUUGGCUGGCAAAUCAAUGGGCUCCAGAGUGAGCUGCAUGGUAGCUGCGGAUCCAGAUGUUACAGUUUCAGCUGUCAUUUGUUUGGGAUAUCCUCUUAAGGGCAUGAAAGGCGCAAUAAGAGAUGAGACCCUCUUGCAAAUGGGAGUCCCUGUCAUGUUUGUGCAGGGUAGCAAAGAUUCCAUGUGUCCUUUGGAUAAGCUCGAUGCUGUUUGCAAGAAAAUGAAAGCUGUGACCGAGCUGCAUGUGAUCGAUGGUGGUGAUCACUCUUUCAAGAUUGGGAAGAGACACCUCCACACAAACGGUUUAACACAAGAUGAUGUUCAACUUGUCGCCCUCCAAGCAAUAUCUGCUUUUGUCUCCAAAUGUAUUGCUCACAACUUGUUAAACUAA